AUGCGUACCUGCGCUCAGUCCAGUGGCUGUGGGUUUUCCUACGGCGUCGAGACAGAUCCUCAGUCAAUAUGCCCGCAGGGCUGCAAGACACAGCGUCGGCCAACUCCCAUUCCGCGCGCUGUCUGUCGCCGCAAGACUGUUUUCACCGGUGACAGCAGAGUCUCGCUUCGACAGCGCAUGGCAGAGAUGAGGGCCAAGGCUACGGGUUCUCCUGUGCGUACGAGCACACGCCCUGUAAGUCCACCGCCGACUGCAGAUCAGCCCGAUUGUCCACCUGCGCCUCGUAAAGCCCGGCAGUCCCAGUUCGUACGCGGGUUUCCUAGAACCGAGGGCAUCGACGGUGUAGUCUGCGACGACGAAGAUAUAGCGCUUGAUCGCCGAGCCACUCGGCUGGAGCAGCCGCCGCGAGGUACGCAAGCCUCUCUGGAACCUUGUAGGAAACUUGACCUAAAGCCCAGCUCGUCUCCGUUGCGCAAUAGUACGACGUUCGAGGAGAUCUGUGACAUGCUAGAGAGCAUAAACGUGAGUAAAAGCAGUGUACCCGGCGGCAACGACAGCGAGCAGGGAAACCCUGUGGCCAACGAUAUCGAGUAUCUCCGCGGUUUCGUGGACGGUGCCGCUGUCGACUACGCCCCAGGGGCAAUGGCCUUUAUCCAAAAAGAGCAGGCAGAAGACACCAGUAAGUCUGCUAGUGAGACCAUGGCUUACUUGAUGGGUGCCAUCGACCAGGAGGUUGGGGCCUGGUCGAGCUCUUCGAAGUUGCCUUCCCUGGAAGAGGAGUGA